AAAAGUCAUGCAUUCAGUGCAUAUGGCCAGACAGCGUACGAAGACGCCUUUCUGCUUUGACUUGACCGACGAAGACGCCUUUCUUCUUCGUCUUGCAUCCGGGCUUCCAUAAUACGAAGCUGCCGGCCGGCCGGCAAGAGCGACGCGCGCGGCAACGGAGACCACAUUAUCCGAUCCGAUCUGCCGCGCGCGUGUCGCAUAUGAUCUCCAGGGUAUUCUUGCUGCUAGCUAGCUGCUUGGUUAAUUAAGUUGUUGCAAUAGUUAAUCACUUCCAUGGAAUGGGCUUGAAUCGACCCAGCUGGUACUGUGGUACAUGCCUUCAUCUUCUUGUUGUUGUCGUCGUCUUUGUUUAUCACUACUCUCUGUUUGUGUGCAACAGCAACCUAGCUUAGUUUUACAAGACAUGAUGCGAUCUACCAUGCUAAGUAGGGUGUGUUUAGUUCACGCCAAAAUUGUAAGUUUGGUUGAAAUUGGAACGAUAUGACGGAAAAGUUGAAAGUUUAUGUGUGUAGGAGUUUCGAUGUGAUGAAAAAGUUGGAGGUUUGAAAAAAAAGUUUGGAACUAAACAAGGCCGUAGUAUAUUACGGACCGCCAAAUUAAAGUGCUCUCAAAGUUCUAGUGGCAAUGCUUGCACCCGCGCUAGCCAUGUAUGGAGGUUAUUUGUGACUCGUUUGAUCCAAGGAACAUAUAGCUUACGGCUCCUUUUAAACGCAUGAUUUUUACAGGGUUAAUUUGGGCCAGCUCUUUUUACGGAAGUUUCAAUAUGGACUAUAGACUAGGGGAAAGACAUUAGUUUCACUUUUGACCAAGUAAAUUUAUAAAAUGUUUCAAUUUGAACCCCUUCUUCUCCAUCCCCCCUCUCUCUCUUCUUGCUUUGGCGCUCCGGGGAGCAAGGACAGGUUGAGCUCGAGCUUGAGCAUGACCCCAAUGCGUAUGAAGGUUGAACUCGAGCUUGAGCAUGAGGUCCAAGGACAUGCGUAUGAUUGCGGCCUGCGGGAGCCACCUGAACCACUGAAGGUGGUCAAGGAUGUUCGAGCUCAGCUGUUGCUUACCGCGGCAUAGCAAAGUCCGGGAGAGAGAGAGAGAGGACAAGGAGAGGAUGGAAAAGGUCUAAACUGAAAUCUUUAGCAAUCUUAUCCGGUUCAAAAAUGAAAAUGAAGUUUUACUCCUAGUCCAAACUGUAACAUUGGUAAAAGAAAAUGUGGUCCAAAGUGAUUUAUUGUGGUCCAAACUACAACAUUAAAAUCUUUUGGCAAAUUUUGCUAAAGGACAUCUAAAAUUUGUGUAAUUUACUGAUAGACAUUGGAAAAAUAUGUCACGCCGAAAGAAAUCUAAAAAAAAUCCUAAAUUGCUAGAGGAAACUUUCGGUUCAAUUAGAGAGAUAAAUCUUAAGAAAGACGAGAAUGGCCCUAGAACCGCAUACUUCAAUCAUGGCGUCAAAAUAAAAAUUUGAAAAUUAUGCAACUCUAAAUUUACCAUCACUAUUUACCAUCACUCCAAGUACAUCACUAGCAUAAAUCAUAUUCCAUCUUCAUUCUAUCCUAAGCUCAAAAGCUUUUGACCAUAAGGGCAUUCUUAUCUUUUUGAAGAAUUUCUUUCUCCAAUUGAGCCGAAAAAGUUCUUUACCAAAUUACUAGUUUUUUCGAGUGUCUUUGAACCAACCAGCGAAUUACACAAAUUUUUGAGUUCCUUGUGCCUAGACAUUUAAACCAAGAGAUAAUCCAAGAAAUGUCAUUAACAAUUGUCCAAAUCCAAAAAAUGCAAUCGAUAAGUGUGAGUUCCAAGAAAUGCCAUUGUAAAUGACUUUGUCCUAAAAAUGCCACCGCCGUUAGGUUAAUGGCACGGAAUGGCCGGAAACCUAACGGCGAUGGUAUUUUUGGGAAAAAAAAUCUUUUGUACGAUGGCAUUUCUUGUAAUUCACACUUGUUGAUGGCAUUUAUUAGAUUUGGACGCUUGUCAAUGACAUUUUUUUAUUAUCUCUUAAACCAAUUAUCUUAGACAAUUGACAUUCAAUACAGUGCACGAUGUUUCUCAAGGGAAAACAAAGGUAUUUUGCACUAACUUGAGUCAUGUGUCACUGACCCAAAAAAUUUAGAAAUAUAGCAAAUUGGCUUUAAAAUAUCAACAUUUUUGGGGUGCUAUCUUUAUUGAGAAGUAAUUCUGAAAAUAUUUUUAGAUUUGUUGUGUGCACCAAUUUGAUCUCGUAAAAUCAUUUUUUGCAAAUGCUUCUUUUUGAAAAAAGAUUUGUUUGAAUUUGCAACCAAAAAAAGUAGAGCCAUAUGCACCAAAUUGUUAAAAUUUUAGUUUGAAUAUGAUUUAUAGAAUAACAAAUUUAGGAUGUAUUAGAAGUGCAUUUAGUCAAUGCAAAAACACCUUGGCUUCGCCUCAAUCUUUAGGGUCAGAAAUUAAACUAUCGAAAAAGUUGAGAGACAUGAAGUAGACAAUCCUUUAUAAAGACCAAACCAGUUUUAAAAUUAAAUUCAGGGAAAAAGACUAAAUGGUAAUGGAAUUUAAAGUGUAAAGCAAACCUGAUAAGAAGUUAGAAACCAAUGAAAAGCCUGUCAUAGGCAUAGCCUGUAGCAUAUUUUAUUGCAUUUUAAUUCUAUACAGCUAUAUACACUGACAAAUUCUGAUGGCUCGUUUAUCUUUUUCUGUGGAACAUAGAGCAAUAAUCCUGAGUAAUUUGGUUCAACAUUCUCAAAUGGCAGCGCUGGGGACAAGGUCCUAGUGGUUCUGGUUCACAAUAGUCAGGGAACUGCUACACAAUGUUUACUAUUCUGAAAUUGCUUCCAAUGCUAUAUAUGCUGCUAAUGGCAUCUACCGAAUAUGCUCAAGCAUUCAGCAAUGAGACUGAUCUGGAUGCUCUGCUAGCAUUCAGAGCAGGUCUAAGCAACCAGUCAGAUGCACUGGCCUCAUGGAACGCAACCACUGACUUCUGCCGGUGGCAUGGUGUCAUUUGCAGCAUCAAGCAUAAGAGAAGGGUCUUGGCACUGAAUCUGUCCUCAGCAGGGCUUGUUGGCUACAUAGCCCCAUCUAUUGGGAACCUCACAUACCUCAGAACUCUAGACCUCAGCUACAAUCUGCUGCACGGUGAAAUCCCUCCAACAAUUGGGCGAUUGUCGCGAAUGAAAUAUCUCGACCUGUCAAACAAUUCACUCCAAGGUGAAAUGCCUUCGACAAUUGGGCAGCUGCCAUGGUUAUCGACACUCUACAUGUCAAACAAUUCGCUCCAAGGUGGGAUCACACAUGGCUUGAGGAACUGCACUCGCCUCGUGAGCAUAAAACUUGACCUGAACAAACUCAAUCGUGAGAUCCCUGAUUGGCUUGACGGAUUGUCGAGGAUCAAGAUCAUGUCACUAGGGAAGAACAACUUCACUGGGAUCAUCCCACCGUCACUCGGCAACCUCUCGUCGUUAAGGGAAAUGUAUCUCAAUGACAACCAGCUCAGUGGACCAAUCCCUGAGAGCCUUGGUAGGCUCAGUAAGCUUGAGAUGCUGGCACUGCAAGUAAACCAUCUCUCAGGGAACAUCCCAAGAACGAUCUUCAACCUGUCCUCACUUGUUCAGAUUGGUGUGGAGAUGAACGAACUGGACGGCACACUGCCCUCCGAUCUUGGCAACGCCCUACCAAAAAUUCAAUACCUUAUCCUUGCCCUGAACCAUUUGACAGGAAGCAUUCCAGCUUCAAUUGCAAAUGCAACCACAAUGUACUCCAUAGAUCUCUCAGGUAACAACUUCACUGGCAUUGUGCCUCCAGAGAUCGGGACGCUCUGCCCAAACUUCCUGUUGCUCAAUGGGAACCAGUUAAUGGCAAGCAGGGUGCAGGACUGGGAGUUCAUCACUUUAUUGACAAAUUGCACUAGCCUCCGGGGUGUCACACUCCAAAAUAAUAGGCUUGGGGGUGCAUUGCCGAACUCUAUCGGUAACCUAUCGGAGCGCCUCCAACUACUGGAUCUUAGAUUUAAUGAAAUUUCUAACAGAAUACCAGAUGGCAUUGGCAACUUCCCUAAACUAAUUAAGCUAGGGCUCUCUAGCAACCGGUUUACAGGCCUCAUACCUGACAACAUUGGAAGGUUGACAAUGCUCCAGUUCUUGACACUAGACAAUAAUCUAUUGUCUGGGAUGAUGGCAUCCUCGCUUGGGAACUUGACACAAUUGCAGCAUCUUUCUGUAAAUAAUAAUAACCUGGAUGGUCCUCUUCCAGCAAGUCUUGGAAACUUACAAAGGCUUGUCAGUGCAACAUUUUCUAACAAUAAGCUUUCAGGUCCACUGCCUGGAGAGAUCUUUAGCCUAUCAUCCUUGUCAUUCGUUCUGGAUUUGUCUAGGAACCAAUUUAGUAGUUCUCUUCCAUCUGAGGUUGGCGGUCUCACAAAGCUCACAUACUUGUAUAUGCACAAUAAUAAGUUAGCUGGGGCGCUGCCAGAUGCUAUAAGCAGUUGCCAGAGCCUGAUGGAACUUCGUAUGGAUGGCAACUCCUUGAACAGUACCAUCCCGGUGUCUAUAAGUAAAAUGCGAGGUUUGGAACUGCUAAAUUUGACCAAGAACAGCCUCACUGGUGCAAUUCCAGAGGAAUUAGGACUCAUGAAAGGCCUGAAGGAACUAUACCUUGCACACAAUAACUUGUCUUUACAAAUCCCUGAAACCUUCAUAAGCAUGACGUCACUAUACCAACUAGACAUAUCCUUCAAUCAUCUUGAUGGUCAAGUUCCAACACAUGGUGUGUUUUCCAAUUUGACGGGAUUCCAAUUUGUUGGGAACGACAAGCUUUGUGGUGGUAUUCAAGAGCUGCAUUUGCCCUCAUGCCGAGUAAAGUCUAAUCGAAGGAUACUUCAAAUUAUCCGAAAAGCAGGGAUUCUGAGUGCUAGUGUCAUUUUGGUGUGCUUCAUAUUGGUACUUCUGGUCUUCUAUUUGAAGAAGAGAUUGAGGCCUCUGUCAUCGAAAGUAGAAAUAGUUGCUUCUUCUUUCAUGAAUCAAAUGUAUCCUCGAGUUUCUUAUUCUGACUUGGCCAAAGCAACAAACGGCUUCACAUCCAACAAUUUGGUUGGCACAGGGCGGUAUGGAUCUGUUUACAAGGGUACAAUGCGGUUCAAGAAUUCAGUAUCUGACGUAGCUGUGAAGGUUUUCGAUCUUGAGCAAUCUGGUUCUUCUAAGAGUUUUGUAGCAGAGUGUAAGGCACUAAGCAAAAUUCAACACCGGAACUUGGUUGGUGUCAUAACUUGCUGCUCUUGCCCUAAUUUGAACCAAAAUGACUUCAAAGCCCUUGUGUUCGAGUUCAUGCCUUAUGGUAGUCUUGAUAGGUGGAUACAUCCAGACAUAGAUCCAUCAAGUCCAGUCGAAGUUCUUACGUUAAUGCAGAGAUUGAAUAUUGCUCUUGAUAUUGGUGCUGCACUGGACUAUUUGCACAACAACUGCCAGCCAGCAAUAGUUCAUUGCGACUUAAAGCCCAGCAACAUUCUUCUUGGGGAUGGCAUGGUUGCUCAUGUUGGGGAUUUUGGCCUUGCAAAGAUUCUUACAGAUCCAGAAGGUGAACAACUGAUCAAUUCAAAGAGUUCUGUGGGGAUAAUGGGUACAAUUGGAUAUGUUGCUCCAGAAUAUGGAGAAGGUGGUCAAAUUUCUCCAUACGGUGAUGUCUACAGCUUUGGUAUAUUGCUCCUUGAGAUGUUUACAGGUAAGGCGCCUACACAUGACAUGUUCAGUGAUGGAUUGACCUUGCAGAAAUAUGCGGAAAUGGCAUAUCCAGAACUACUGAUAGAUAUUGUUGACCCCCUUAUGCUAUCAGUUGAGAAUGCAUCGGGAGAAAUCAACAGUGUCAUUACUGCUGUCACAAGACUCGCACUAGUAUGCAGCAGGAGGAGGCCAACUGAUAGGUUAUGCAUGAGAGAAGUUGUAGCUGAGAUACAGACAAUUAGGGCUUCCUAUGUUGAAGAAAUAAACAAAAUAGUUUCUGACUGAUGCAACAUUAGUGCGCCGUUUGAUUUUUUAGCUUCAUAAAAGGUGUUAACUGCAUAAUAUCGGCAAAAGAAAUGUAACACACAGUACUCUUCUGUUAGGCACUCAUUGAUUUUAAGACCAAGUACAGGAUCAAUAUUUUUUGCUGAUGUAAUCCAUUUAUUGGUGAUCCCAAACCAUUAGCAAUCAAUGGUGCUAAUUUUCACACA